CCUUAAUAAUUGUGUACCAAUGGAUACUUGGGACAACGAAGGGCAUAUUGAUAAACUAAUCAGCGAUUAUGAUGAUACAUUCAUGCCACUGCCUGAUAUCGAAUUUCAACCUCAUCUCCUCAUUUCUAAAGUUCGUAAACAUUACAUGGAAUACAUCAUAAAGCUGCUGUCAUUAAAUUAUGAAACUAAUCAACGACUUCUCAACAAAAAUAUAUACUUACCCAGUGCAAUAUGGAGGUGUGCUAAAAAUAUAGAAAUGAAUGCUGCACAGACAUGCAUGGUGGUACAAUUGUAUAGAAAAAAUGUUACUGAAUUGAUAAAAGAUAUAAAAAAAGAUACAACAAAGGGAAAAUUGAACAAAAAAUUAUAUGAAUGUUUGAGAAAUGCACCAUCUAAUGAAAAGAAAUUACAAACAACGCUGGUAAGGUCAAAAGACUGUACUUGCCAGUGUACAUGCUCCCAAAGAAAGCGACCCAGGGUCCUAGAAUCUCCACAGAAACAAAAGUUAGGUUUACUGACAGAAUCUUCUAAUAAUUCAACAGCACAGCCUCAAGUAGAAAAGCCAGUUGAAAGUCAAAGUUGUCCAGUGCCUCAAAUACUUCAGAUUUCAAAUAAUGCAAACCAAACCAGUAACAUCAGUCAAGCCCCAACAAGAAUAUCUGUGGAAUCACAAGAUUCUGAUGAGUUACUGUUACAACUUGAAAAACUUUUUCAAGGUGAUCCCAAUGAUGAUGACAUAUUCGAAGGGACAUUCUGUGAUACAUAUGAUUUUGCUACUAAUGAUGAUAAUAAAAAAAUACAGACUGCUUUGGAGACCAAUAGUCAACUGAUAACGGAUAAACAAUGUGUUAUUGAGGAUCAUGCUGCUCAAAUCAAAUCUCUAGAUGAGAGACUGGCAUCCCUCACCGGAUUGUUAGCAAACAACAGCGAUAACAUUAUACAGCAGAAACAAGAAGCACCGAAACAAAAGAGAAAUUCUAGUAAAUGGCUCUGUGAAGAAUAUUUCCUCAAAGUUAAAUUACAUGAAAAAUUAGAUUUAAUCAGAGAUACAAAUAGAAAGAAGUUAUCAAGGAUAAAGCAGAUAUUGUCAGAUCUAUUUGGUGAUGAUAGUGAUGAUGAGGAUGUGGUAUCACCUUUGGAUGAAACUGCUGACUUUGUCAUCAGCUGCAAGGAGAGGAUUGCUCCGUGGGUUGUGAAACUGCUCACACCAUAUUACAUCAGAGGUCGCAUUAGAGGGAAAGCACUGUUCAAGUCUCUAGCUAAGCAUUUGAUUCGGCUGAUAUAUCAAUGCAGUCGAUAUCCAAGUGAGUAUGAGGUGCAAAGUUUUGUGAACGAUUUUCUGGACAACCACAAAAUGAUAAGAUGUGAGGCUGAUUUUAAACAAUUCAAAAUUGAUAAUCUGGCUACGUACUAAAUAUUUUAAGUUUCAUUUAGAGU